AUGUCGUACAAGACCUUCGACGGCAACUGCGUACACGUCACCUUCUCUCUCAGCGAGAUCGGGAGUCAUCAGGUCUCGGCUGAGUUUGUCGACUCGAGACCCUCGUAUGCAGGACCUCCGAUCGCUUCCAAGCCUUGUGACGUGCUGGUGAAGUCAGCAAAGGAAGAAAAACAUCAGCCACAGCAGCAAACAUCAAGAAGUCGAAAGCGAGGAGACGAUGAGGACAAAGAGACGCAAGUCACAAAGAAGAAGAAAAUGGAUGGCACAGGCAGGAACAAAAAGCAGAGAACAAGCGAGAUGAUACUAAGAAGCUCCAUGAAACGCCUAGAGCCCAUCGAACACCAAGACAAGUUUGACAGACUAAGGUCUCAACUCUACGGCCUGGAGCAUGUGGAGUUCAACUUAUCAACAGCGUUUGGGAAUGCAGUGGCAAUCUCUCAAUCCAGCGGCCAUCAGCUGAUAGGAAAGCAGACCUACGACUCCAUGAGAGCAGCAGAAAAGAAUUCGGAGAGGUUUGCCAAGCUGUUCAAGGGCAGCAUCGACAAGAUUCUUAUCGGCUCUUCUCAUCGUGUUGAGAUGGUCGAUACUUUCACCAGAUACAUCCGAGAGUUCAAGAAACAACAAAGCAAGCAAGCAGACGGAGGGGAAGAGAAGAAGAUCAUCGGAAGACAAGACUCGUCAGGAAACUUUCAAGCCUGGGAGGUUUGGAACUUGUUCUCUGAGAGAGCGGGUCUACCUACGACAGUGUGCUCCAAUCUUGAGAAGCUCCUCUGCUCCACUCCGCCAGCCUGGGCAUCUUGA